AUGGUUUCUGAAAAGGAAGGAAAGAAACAUAUUAAUGGAAAUGUUAAUGAUGAGAAUAUUGUUUCUGAAGAUGCUUCUGGAAGCCAAAAGGAAAAGAAAAAAACCAAGGAAAAAAUUAAUAUGGUCAGCCUAUUUGCAGUGUUUCGUUACUCCGAUUCCCUGGAUAAAUUAUUAAUGAUAGUGGGCACUAUUUUUGCAGCCCUUCAAGGGGCUUCCCUUCCAGUUAUGAUGAUUGUUUUUGGACGUAUGACAAAUACCUUUGUUGGAUCUGGAACUCUUCCUCUAGGUAGGACAUAUAAUCAUGAAGCUAAUAAUUCCAAAAGCCUACCUACUGGGAGUCUAGAAGAAGAAAUGACAAGGUAUGCAUACUGGUAUUCAGCCAUAGGAGCUGGAGUUCUUGUCUCUUCCUAUGCAUACAUUGCAUGUUGGACACUUGCGGCUGGCCGCCAGGUCAAAAGAAUUAGGCAACGAUUUUUCCAUGCCAUUAUGAGGCAAGAAGUAGGAUGGUUUGAUGUAAAUGAUGCUGGAGAACUAAAUACACGACUUAUAGAUGAUGUAUCCAAAAUCAAUGAAGGAAUUGGUGAUAAAAUUGGAAUGCUAAUUCAGGGAAUAUCAGCAUUUUUUACAGGAUUUAUAGUCGGAUUCACCGAAGGAUGGAAAUUGACUCUUGUAAUCCUUGCUGUCAGUCCUGUUCUAGGAAUUUCUGCUGCAGUUUGGGCAAAGAUCCUUUCUAGAUUCACUAAUCAGGAACUUGCUGCAUAUGCAAAAGCUGGGUCAGUUGCUGAGGAGGUCCUAGGCUCUAUCAGAACAGUGAUAGCUUUUGGAGGACAGAAGAAAGAAAUAGAAAGAUAUCAUAAAAAUUUAGAAGAUGCUAAAAACAUUGGGAUAAGGAAGACUAUGAGUACCAGCAUUUCGCUUGGAGUUGCUUUCUUACUAAUAUAUGCUUCCUAUGCAUUGGCUUUUUGGUAUGGAACUACCUUGAUAUUAGAUGAAAAAUACAGUAUUGGAGGAGUCCUUACAGUCUUCUUUGCUGUGCUCAUUGGAGCAUUCAGUAUUGGCCAAGUCUCUCCAAACCUAGAAGCAUUUGCUACUGCCAGGGGAGCUGCAUAUGCAAUAUUCAAUAUCAUAGACAAUGAACCACAAAUUGAUAUUUAUUCAGAAAGUGGCUAUAAACCUGACAAAAUUACAGGAAAUCUCAGUUUUCAAAAUGUAUAUUUUAAUUAUCCAGCAAGGCCAGAUGUUAAGAUAUUAAAAGGCUUGAAUCUGCAGAUCAAUAAUGGACAAACAAUAGCCCUGGUUGGCAGCAGUGGUUGUGGAAAAAGUACAACUGUCCAACUGAUACAAAGAUUUUACGAUCCCUUGGAAGGCAUGAUUACCAUUGACGGACAAAAUAUUAAGACACUGAAUUUAAGGUAUCUGAGAGAAAUUAUUGGUGUUGUGAACCAGGAACCUGUACUAUUUGCCACAACAAUUGCAGAAAACAUUAGAUAUGGCCGUGAAAAUGUCACCAUGGAAGAGAUGGAAAAAGCUGCCAAAGAAGCCAAUGCUUAUGAGUUCAUCAUGAAUUUACCUGAUAAGUUUGAAACUAUGGUUGGUGAAAGAGGAGCACAGCUAAGUGGAGGACAGAAGCAACGGAUAGCGAUUGCCCGGGCUCUUGUGCGGAACCCAAAAAUUUUGUUACUGGAUGAGGCUACAUCUGCUUUGGAUACAGAAAGUGAAGCUAUCGUACAGGCAGCUUUGGAUAAGGCAAGAGAAGGCCGCACAACAAUUAUAGUAGCUCAUCGUUUGUCUACAGUCCGAAAUGCAGAUCUUAUAGUUGCUUUUGAAGAUGGGGUCAUUGGUGAACAAGGAACCCAUUAUGAGCUUAUGAAAAAGAAAGGAGUUUAUUUCAAACUUGUCAAUAUGCAGGCAAUUUCCACUGAAGUUGAAUCAGAAGAGUCAGCAGAAGAAUCCUAUCUGAAAAAUAACCCAGAAGAGAUAAGCAAAGAUGCUUUUUCAAACAAGCUGAGGAGACGUUCUACUCGCAGAAGUAUUAAAAAUCCAGAAAUGGAGGAAAAAGACCUUGAGGUCCAGACAGUUCAACCUGAUGAAAAUAUUCCCAAGGUUUCAUUUCUUAAGAUUAUGAAGUUAAAUGUAUCAGAAUGGCCUUACUUUUUAAUGGGAACAUUUUCUGCUCUGGUCAAUGGAGCACUGCAACCUGCAUUUUCAAUAAUAUUCUCAGAAAUCUUAGGUAUUUUUGCAAUAUCAGAUCCCAAAAUUGUGCGUGAAAAGAGCAAUUUCUAUUCACUGAUGUUCUUAGCACUUGGCAUUGUUUCCUUCAUCACCUUUUUUCUUCAGGGCUUCAGUUUUGGCAGAGCUGGAGAGAUUCUUACAAUGAAACUACGUUACAUGGGAUUCAAAGCAAUGCUUAGACAGGAUAUCAGUUGGUUUGAUAAUCCCAAAAACAGUACUGGAGCCCUAACUACAAGACUUGCAAAUGAUGCUUCUGAAGUAAAAGGUGCCACUGGGGAAAGGUUAGGUAUGAUUGCUCAAAAUAUUGCUAAUCUUGGGACUGGAAUUAUUAUAUCAUUCGUGUAUGGCUGGCAGUUGACCCUUUUACUUCUGGCUCUUGUGCCAAUCAUUGCAGUAGCAGGGCUCAUUGAAAUCAGAAUGUUAUCUGGACAUGCUAAGAAAGAUAAAAAGGAACUUCAAGGUGCAGGGAAGAUUGCAACAGAAGCUAUUGGAAAUAUUCGAACUGUAGUUUCUCUCACUCAAGAAAGAAAAUUUGAACACAUGUAUGGAGAAAAUUUGAAAGGACCUUACAGAAAUUCUGUAAAGAAAGCACAUCUUCACGGACUAACUUUUGGCAUUUCCCAAGCAAUGUUGUACUUCUCCUAUGCAGGCUGUUUUCGUUUUGGUGCCUAUCUUAUUGCAAAUCGAUAUAUGGAUUUUAAGGCUGUAUUCUUAGUAUUUUCCUGCAUUGUAUUUGGUGCCAUGGCUGUAGGGCAGACGUUUUCAUUCACACCAGAUUAUGCCAAAGCCAAGAUAUCUGCUGCUCAAUUGUUCAUGUUAUUUGAAACAGUCCCAUCAAUAGAUAAUUACAGUGAGGAAGGAAAGAAGCCUGAAACAGUUAAUAGCAAUAUAGCAUUUAAGGAAGUGGUUUUCAACUAUCCAACCCGGCCAGAUGUUCCAGUGCUUCAAGGUCUGAAUAUUGCAAUAGAGAAGGGGCAAACCCUGGCGCUUGUGGGAAGCAGUGGCUGUGGAAAAAGCACAUUAGUCCAGUUGCUUGAAAGAUUCUAUGAUCCUCUCAGUGGAGAAGUGCUUUUGGAUGGUGAAAAUGAAAAGCAGUUAAAUAUUCAGUGGUUGCGGUCUCAAAUUGGAAUUGUUUCUCAAGAACCGGUCCUGUUUGGUUGCAGUAUUGCGGAAAAUAUUGCCUAUGGUGAUAACACUAGGGAGGUACCAUUUGAUGAGAUAUGUGAAGUAGCCAAAGCAGCCAAUAUACACUCCUUCAUUGAAUCUUUACCAAAUAAAUACAAUACUGCUGUUGGUGACAAAGGAACUCAACUCUCUGGGGGCCAAAAGCAGCGCAUUGCUAUUGCCCGUGCUCUCAUCCGCCAGCCAAAAAUUCUGUUGUUGGAUGAAGCGACCUCUGCCCUUGACACAGAAAGUGAAAAGGUUGUUCAGGAGGCUCUGGAUAAAGCCAGACAAGGUCGUACCUGCAUUAUAAUAGCUCAUCGCUUAUCAACAGUGCAGAAUGCUGACAGUAUAGCUGUAAUCCAGAAUGGGAAAGUCAUGGAACAAGGAACACAUCAGCAGCUACUAGCUCAAAAAGGAAUUUAUUAUUCACUAGUCAAUGUACAGGCAGGAACAGCUCAUGUAUAAAUAAGAAAAUGAACAUUACUUGAAUUAAUUGAUAGAUGUAUUAUGUGGCAUUAAGCUGGGGUUGACUCUUAACGACUGUACAGAUAGAUUUUCAUCAGAAUGAUCUGUCCCCAAUUUGGUCUUUCAGGUCUUUCAUAGGUGCAUUGAUUGUCACAGUAAUUGAAAACAUCUGUCUUGCUGCUGGUUGCCCUUGUCAGGUCUCUAAGGACCAAGAAGGAUACAUGGAAUUACUUUUGAAUAGUUUCCUUUAUUGUUCCUCAUCUAUAGGCAGAAAUCUUGCCAAAGUAAAGCAAAUAUUUGCAUCACCAUAGGUAUACUCUGAGAAUUGCUAGGGAGGAACUGUUUUAACUCUUCCUCCUGACUCUUUGCCUUCUGGAAUGUAGCCCCUUGUUCCUGGGAAUCCAGAUUACAUUCCACCAGAGUCCUCUUCUUUACUUCUACCUUUCCCAGCAUUAUAGACUUUUUCAUAGAACUAAGUCUUCAUAUAAUGUACCCAAAAUAUGAUAUUCAAAGCCUGAUCAUUUGUUUGUGCCUUGAGAAAGAACUCUGUUGAUUUCUUUCACAAUCCAAUUCUUUUCUAUUUAUGAUAUUCUCAGGAAUUUUCUGCAACCCCAAAGUUCAAAAACAUCAGCGUUUUUUUUAUCUUCUUCUUCAAAGUCCAACUUCCACAUCCAUAGAUUGUUAUAGAGAAAAUAUAGUCUGCACAUUUCUGAUUGUUAAGAUAUACACAGUUUUUCUCAAGACUUCAUUGUUUUUCUAGCAAAUGCUAGUCUAAGGAGUAUUUCUUGGCUGUUGGUUCCUUUAUUGCUGAGAAACAAUCCUAAAAGUGAGACGUUGUCACCCCUUUACUAAUUUUCCUGCAAUAUGCAGUAUGUUCCACAAAUCAGUUCAAUAAAUAAGGGAAGGGAGCACAAGUUUUAUUCACUCCUUUGCCAACCUAGAGCCAGUCUGUUUCAUCAUAUUAUCUCCAGACUGUGGGUUCCCAACCAAUAUUUGCAGCAACUAACAAGUACAGAAGAUGCUAUUCACAUUCU